CAUCUCUCUCUCUCUCUCUCUCUCUCUCACAUCCACAUCUUCAUCUUCAUCUUCAUCGUCGGUCUGUAAAAUCUUCGGCGAGUUCUGUCUAUUUAUUCGAUAUAUAUUUCAGAUCUAAUAAGAUCGACGGAAGAUGGACUCGACGGCGUCGUAUUGGUGUUACAACUGCACUCGCUUCGUUAGGGUUUCGCGUCAAGGCACCGUAGUUUGUCCAGACUGCGACAGCGGAUUCAUUGAGGCGGUGCAUGCUUCUCCUCCUCCGCCGCCUCAGCCGGACGCCGCCGCGAUCUACAUGUUCGGCAGCAACCGCCGGCAGCGGCGGAACCACGGUGAUCGAUCACCGUUCAAUCCGGUCAUCGUGCUGCGAGGUCCGGCCGACGGCGGUGGCGAUGACGGUGGCGGCGGAGAGCAGAGGAGCUUCGAGUUGUACUACGACGACGGCGAUGGGUCAGGGCUCCGCCCUCUUCCGGCGGCCAUGUCGGAGUUUUUGAUGGUAUCAGGGUUUGAUCGAUUGCUUGAUCAGCUGUCGCAGUUCGAAAUCAACGGGAUAGGUCGAUACGAUCAGCCUCCGGCGUCAAAAGCCGCUGUCGAAUCGAUGCCGACGAUUGAAAUCGUCGACGGACACAUCAGCUCUGAAUCGCACUGCGCUGUGUGUAAAGAAGCUUUCGAUCUCGGCUCUGAAGCUCGCGAAAUGCCUUGUAAACACAUAUACCAUUCAGAUUGUAUUCUCCCUUGGUUGUCUCUUCGUAAUUCGUGCCCUGUUUGUCGCCACGAACUUCCCACCGACGCAACAGCGUCGUCGGAGCUCGAAAUUGGAGACCCGUCUCGAGCCCCAAACGAUGAAGAGGCGAUUGGGCUCACCAUAUGGAGACUCCCAGGCGGUGGAUUCGCUGUGGGUAGGUUUUCAGGGGGAAGAAGAUUGGGCGGCGAGAGAGAGCUCCCUGCAGUGUACACGGAAAUGGACGGUGGAUUCAACAACAGCGGUGGUGGUGCGCCGAGGAGGGUUGCGUGGGGGUCGAGGAGGAGCAGAUCGAGACAAGGCGGUGGUGGUGGUGGAGGGUUGGGUAGGGCUUUCCGUAAUAUGUUCUCGUUUUUUGGGCGAUUUAGGGGUUCUUCUUCUGGUUCUUCAUCACAUUCGAGUAUUUCAGAAUCAGGGUCAUCGAUUAGGAGAAGUCAGAGUCACUCUGGUUCAGUUUUCAGUAGGUAUAUGAGGCGGCGUAGCAGAGCUUGGGUUUUGGAAGACAGGAAUGAAAUGUCUCGGUGGUGAUUUUUGGUUUUCGGAGGAGAGUCAGACAAGAGAGGAAAAGUUUUUUCUGCUUUUGGGAUUGGGUUCUCUUUUGAGGAAGGAAUUGAAUUUCUGGAACAAAAGAAGGCAGAGAAAUCUUCUUUUAACAAAACUAUAUGUAAAUAGAAACCCACGCGUAAGAAUUGAAUGCUAGUAGGAGUAUUCCUAGUUAAAGUAGAGAUAUGGUUAAUCUUUCAUGGAAUGGGGACCCAAUUGCAGUAGCUGGAGAGUGAUCAAAUUUACACAAAAAAGUCACAGAAUUGUUGGUUUUUGAGAAUGAAGAUUGGCCUUUUGGAAGAAUUGGGAAGGUUUUGAAAAGCAAGAAGCUGUUUUGUUGCCACUAUUUUACUAAUUCUUUUGUUUUUUCAUUGAUUUGUAUGGAACUUGUUAUGAAUCCUGUUAGAUGAUCUCCUUCCCUGUCCCUGUUUCUGAACUUGUUUAUUGGGGAUUAUUUGUUUUGGUGGUGGUUCUUCGAACUCAAAGAUCAAAAUUACAACAAAUUAUUCUUUUUUUGGUACAAA